AUGUUUCCCCAGGGGCGACACCCGACGCCCCACCAGGCUCCAGGCCAGCCCUUCAAGUUCACCAUCCCAGAGUCACUGGACCGCAUCAAGGAGGAGUUCCAGUUUCUUCAGGCACAGUACCACAGUCUCAAGAUGGAGUGCGAGAAGUUGGCCAGUGAAAAGACGGAGAUGCAGAGACACUAUGUCAUGUACUAUGAGAUGUCUUAUGGCCUCAACAUCGAAAUGCACAAACAGACUGAGAUUGCCAAGAGACUAAACACCAUCUGUGCACAAGUCAUUCCCUUCCUCUCACAGGAGCAUCAACAGCAGGUGGUCCAAGCUGUGGAGCGAGCCAAACAGGUGACCAUGGCAGAGCUAAAUGCUGUCAUAGGGGUACGUGGACUGCCAGGCCUUCCACCUACACAACACCUAUCCCAUAACCAUGGUGGUGCCCCUGUGCCUCUCACACCUCACCCUGCCGGCCUCCACCCUUCUCAGCUCGGUGGUUCAGCUGGUCUCCUGGCUCUAUCAGGAGCACUUGGUGCUAUUCCUCCCCACAUGUUGGGAAAGGAUGGUGGUGAUAAAAAGUCCCACAUGUCCGGAGCAGACUUGCACCCUUCAGGACCGGAGCACCUGAGAGAGCGAGAGCCCGGCACAAGUAACUCAUUGCUGCCAGAAAGUCUUAGGAACUCAGAUAAGCGACGCAACGGACCAGAGUUUUUAAAUGACACCAAGAAACGCAAGGUGGAUGACAAGGACUCCAGCCACUAUGACAGCGACGGGGAGAAAAGUGAUGAUAAUUUAGUGGUGGAUGUCUCGAAUGAGGAUCCAGCCUCCCCUCGUGGCACACCUCUCCCCUCCCCAAGAGAAAAUGGCCUGGAUAAAGCCCGUCUUCUCAAGAAAGACCCCUGUAGUCCAGCUUCUACUGCAUCAUCAGCCAGCUCCUCCUCCCUCAAGUCCAAAGAGAUGGCAAUGCGAGAAAAGGCCGGCACACCUGGGUUAAAGUCAAGCACACCCACACCUAGAGGUGACUCCACCCCUGGUCCGAGCUCCACUCCUGGAAUCCGGCCCAGUCUUUCAAAACCCCCGUCCAUGGAGAUACCACAUCCACCCACUGCAGGUUUGCGGACGCCCCUGGCUGUACCAGGCCCAUACCCGGGUGCAUUUGGUAUGUUGCCACACGCAGCAGGGAUGAACGGGGAGCUGGCAGGUGCAGCUGGAGCUGUGGCCUAUGCUGCUGGACUCCACAACAUGUCACCUCAGAUGAGUGUUGCUGCUGCGGCUGCAGUGGCUGCGUACGGCCGUUCACCCAUGGUUGGUUUUGAUCCUCAUCCUCACAUGAGAGUUCCUGGAAUGCCUCCCAGUCUGACAGGAAUCCCUGGUGGCAAACCUGCUUAUUCUUUUCACGUGGCGGCCGAUGGACAGAUGCAGCCAGUACCGUUCCCCCCGGAUGCUUUGGUUGGCCCAGGGAUUCCUCGCCACGCCCGUCAGAUCAACACACUGAACCAUGGAGAAGUGGUGUGCGCCGUUACCAUCAGUAACCCCACCCGACACGUUUACACAGGAGGGAAGGGAUGUGUCAAGGUCUGGGACAUUAGUCACCCAGGAAACAAGAGCCCAGUGUCGCAGCUUGACUGUCUGAACCGAGACAACUACAUCCGCUCCUGUCGUCUCCUCCCCGAUGGUCGGACGCUGAUUGUGGGAGGUGAGGCGAGCACGCUGUCAAUCUGGGAUUUGGCCACACCCACUCCAAGGAUUAAGGCAGAGUUAACAUCAUCGGCACCCGCAUGUUACGCUCUGGCCAUCAGCCCGGACUCCAAGGUCUGCUUCUCUUGCUGCAGCGAUGGAAACAUCGCAGUCUGGGAUUUACACAACCAGACACUUGUUAGGCAGUUUCAGGGCCACACAGAUGGAGCCAGCUGUAUUGACAUCUCUAAUGAUGGCACCAAGCUGUGGACUGGAGGCCUCGAUAACACCGUCCGCUCCUGGGAUCUCCGAGAGGGACGGCAGCUGCAGCAGCAUGACUUUACAUCGCAGAUCUUCUCUCUUGGCUACUGUCCGACAGGAGAGUGGCUCGCUGUGGGAAUGGAGAGCAGCAACGUGGAGGUCCUUCAUGUCACCAAGCCUGACAAAUAUCAGCUUCAUCUACAUGAGAGCUGUGUACUCUCCCUGCAGUUUGCCUACUGUGGUAAAUGGUUUGUGAGCACAGGAAAGGAUAAUUUACUGAAUGCAUGGAGAACACCCUAUGGAGCCAGCAUAUUCCAGUCUAAAGAAUCAUCUUCGGUGUUAAGCUGUGACAUAUCUGUGGACGACAAAUACAUCGUCACUGGUUCAGGGGACAAGAAGGCCACUGUUUAUGAGGUCAUCUACUAAAACUAUUGAAAAAAAAAAAAAGCGAGGACAAUUGUUCUUUUCAACACACCAGAUAUGUUUCUAGAGAUUAUCAAGUGGAUCACAAAUGCGAGUGACCUUGAUGGCGCAUUCUUAUUUCUGUUACAUCUGCCGAGGAGACGCAGGAAGAAGACGAACAUUUUACAUGCACAUAUCUGUCGUGCCUGUAUACAUGACUCCAUAUCAGCUGGGAAUUAAAUGGAGCAGCUGGAUGUUUGAUGGAAGGAGAGGAACUAUUUGGAUGUUCUCGUCUCUUCUGCUUUCUGCCACGGACUGCACUGGGAUCAGUUACAAGGACCAAACAAUGACUGAACCAAAGGGGGCACUGCAUUGUCUUGACUAGGACCAGCUCUUCUGGAGACCACGGCACUGACCAUUAGAUUUGAAAACACUUGAUACAGUGUCACCACCAGGGGCAGAGACUCCACAGCGAACACUCAAACCAGAUGGUUGAAUAUGUGAACAAUGGAGAAGAAUGUGGACAGAAACUGACAAAAAAAUGAGAGGACAGUGAAUGCAGAACAUGUUGGUUUUUGUAUUUUGUUGCAGUCAGACAACUCUCACAGCCUGUUCAUCUCUCAACUCUGAAUCUCUGACCUUUGAACCUCAGCUUGCUGUUCUGAUGCGCAUACACUGUCUGAAAAGUACCUUUUUUGUCUUAACAGUGAAUCUCUCACUCACUAAACUGCACUGUGGUGGUAGCUAUCCACAUACACACUUAGUACACCACACAAUUACAGUUUUAAACUAACUGAAGGCCAUGCAGACUUGUCUAGCAUCACGCUAUUGUUGAUUUUUGUCAUGGGUUAGUUUGAUCCCGAUGAGGCAAAACACGUUUUCAUAAUUCCUACCCAUUUUAGACGGCACCAAAAAGUAUGCCCAUACUUUUGAAAACAAUUAGCUCACCAAACCAAAUAAGCUAUCAAGAAUAUACUGUUGCUACAGAGGGCUUAACUCAGACGUUUCUUCUUCCCCUUCUCUACUUUUUAUGAUCCUGCUUGAAAGACUAAUUAGUGGAAACCUGAAGGAAAAAAAAAUCUUUUAGGAGAUUUAAUGAAUCCUCAAAUUCCAAUGAUCUCCCUUUCUAGUGUACCUGUUUCAACAGAUCAUUCCCCCAAUUUUUUUUUACAUAGCUGUACUCCACAAGCAACAUAAGAUUUAAUACUGUCAUGUAUUUUGAGUCGCAGUGUGGUUGAUCAGCUGCACAUGACAAGGAGCCCAACCUUUACUCGUGCUAUUGACCUGAAAACAUUUCAUUGAUAAAUGGUCAGCUUCAGAUUUACAAAUAGUUUCUUUGAUAUGGUGUCGUUGAAGUCGAGACAUCGCCCUGCUGUUAGUUUCAAUGCAGUUAAUUUGCCUGUGGUGUCUUUAACAAUAAGUUCAUCAGUUGAGGUCAUAAUGAUAAAGGAAUAUUCUCGAAAUUCUAUUUCUUUCUCCUUAAUUUGAAACAAAAACAACCGUUUGGUUUCUGUCUUAGUUGUAAAUUCACCCUGCCCCUGCCUUCACCACUCUUUGAAACACAUGAUGUCUUAUUGUAUGGAUGGUUAAUCACGCUUCAUAAAAAUGGACCAACUACUUCUAAAAAGAUCAUCUUGACAAGUAAAUUAACCUUGUGUUCAAACAAGUGAAAAGUCCUUUCUACCAUAAUCACUACUUAAAAACAGAAUUGCCUUUUUUUUCUUUUGUUAAAUACUGUCACUUGUUUCUGCUAAUAUUCUUGAAUGUGCGACACUUGUAAAAUUGCCUUUUUAAAAGUACAACUGUGUCAUAUUGUUGUCUUUUCCCUUUACAAAGAAGAUUUAGGACUACAAGCGAGAUUCAAUUAUUUGUCCAGAUAGUCUUACAGAUAAAGGUGCAGUUAUAUUUCAGCUUCAGGAAGGAGUCAGUCAGUUUCAGCCAUUGUAAGUCAUUGAUUUCAUGAACAUGUGCUUAGUUUUUUUUUUUUUAAAUCUAUUUUUGUCUGUUGAAUGUUUGUAAAAAUGUAUAUAUCAGUUUUUUUUCCUACAGGACAUGCUUUAGAAAUAACAAACUGUUUUUGUACAUCUUUUACAUGGAAAGGAAACGUCUAAUCAGGAGAAAUACAAAAUGGUCUUAAUGCUAGCUAAUCUAAAGUGAUUGAAAUAUCUAGACAAUAAAUGUGUGUUUUUUUUGUAA